CUCUGUUCACCACACACCAGUCCACCUAUAGCAUUCCCUGCACUAACCUGAUUGAUUCUCGAAAAUGCUCAUGAAAGUGAUUGCAUUCCUGCUUGCUCUUUUGCUCGCUGUGACGGCUCUACCUCCAGAAGCAGCAAAUCGUGAAAAACGACAAAUGUGGGGCAGCGGAAUGUGGGGGAACGGCAUGAUGGGCGGUAUGAUGGGAAACAGACCCCCACCACCACCACCACGCGGUAACAUGAUGGGCGGAGGAUGGGGAAUGAACAGCGGAUGGAGAGGAGGCUGGUGAUGAAAAAAAAACAUCUUGUGUUCCGCAGAAUCGAAAUAAUAAAU